AUGGUGAGUGAAGCUGAUGAUAACAAGUUCACUUGGGUGAUUAAGGAUUUCUCCUCUCUGCAAUCUCGGAAGAUCUACUCUGAUGAAUUUUUGAUUGGUGGAUGCAAAUGGUGUCUUAUUGCUUAUCCAAAGGGAUCUAAAGUUGAUAGCUUGUCUCUGUAUCUUGGAGUAGCCGACCAUGAAUCAUUGCCACUUGGAUGGACAAGGAACGCAAAGUUUUCACUCAAACUAGUAAAUCAAUUUUCAGACAAGUCCUCCAUACUACGAGAAGCAACCGAUUGGUAUAAUCAGAAGACUCCCUCUUUUGGUUUUACCAAGUUUCUUCCACUUGCCAAACUUCAUUCCAAGGACGGUGGGUUUCUUGUGAAUGAUGAGCUCAAGAUUGUUGCUGAGGUACAUGUCCUUCAAGUUAUCGGUGAAGCAGAGGGAUCUCAAGAGUCGGUCCAACUUAUGAAAAGAAUUAAGAUGAAUGGUUAUGGUACGGGAAACAAAACCGUUGACGUCAAUGGCUUUCAAGUCUCUACAUCACAAGUAGCAUAUGUGAGGUGUAUAUUUGAAAAACACCCAGACUUUGCAUCAAAAGUCCGUUCAAAUAAUCAGCAUCUGAAGUCGACAUACAUGAAUGUUCUCCUUGAACUAAUUGAAACACUCUGCCAGUUACCUGAGAACCUCUCUGAUGAUGAUUUGUCUGAAGCGUCGGCUGCAGUUCUAUACUUAUCGCAGGUUGGAUUCAAAGUGGAUUGGUUGGAGAAGAAGCUAGAGGAGGUAAAGGAAAAGAAGAAGAAGAUGUACACUGGCAAGGCUCAGCUGCAACGCAUGGAGGAAGAGUUGCAGAAUCUCACUAAGAAAUGCUCAGACCUGGAAGAUCUUGUGAAGAUGCAGAAUGUUGCUCUCUCGUUCAGUGAUGUUGUUUGAUGUUUCAAGACUUGCCAUAAACUAACUUGUAGUUUGCUAUUUUUCUUUACUUGGUAAGCUGGAACGUGUCUUGACUCUGAAAUGAUCGUCUCCUACUCUUUCUUUGAACGCUUUUAAGAUAAAAGAAUCUUAUUACCGGAGUUUUUGUAAUGGAUUACACUUGUUUUUUAGUGGAUAAAUGGUUUUAGCUAGGUUACUUGACGAUAAAGUAAUUGCUCUAUGUCUGAACAGGGUGUGGUGAAUUUGAUAAAUACUUUUCUGGAAAACUGGAAUUGCGAGCCGUUUGUUUGAGAGACACCCAGAGCAUGCAUCUUCUUCAAUAUGUAUUCUAGUUCGAGGAAGUUGUCUGAAACAAUAUGUGGCGUUGCCUAAUUACAAGAAUAAUUACAAUGAUAAGCAGAGAACUUGGGCUUAUGCUCUGAUGUUGGAUAAUGUUGUCCUGUGUCGUAUUGAGGAAUCAUGUAUCCUCUAGGCAAUGCCGUUUAACAUAUGUUACAUUU